CGCACGCUCACUGAAGUUUGUAUUAUGCUGCCGUCGCACGAGAAAAUACGAUGAAUCGAAUUUUUUUCACAUGUUCUGUGUGCUUUCAGUGCCGAUCUGAGCCGUCCGUCUGCUGAUAGUGUCGCCUUUGCAUUGGAGAAUUUUUUGUGUUUACAUCUGAAAUGAAGACAUUCUACAUGUCAUAUUAUGACUUGCCGUUUGUCAGGCGACGUCUUCUCAUUCAUUUAGUGCCUCAGCUAUGGCCGAUAUCAUUAUAAAAUUACGAAUCGAUUAUAAUUUGCUACAAAUCCGACGUAGUGCACGGGAGAUAUGGAAGAUAGGACCAGCAUUACGCGAUCCAGGAGCUCUUAUUUAGAUGCAGAGUCGCCUGGAAAUUCAACCAAUGAUUACGAAGAAUUCGAAAUGCAAAAUUCAGUCAAUUCUGAAACCCUGAGUGUUAACGAUGUUUUAGAUUUACUACAACAACAAUAUGCAAUUAUCUCAGGUGGAAAGUCUAAAGAAGGCUGUCCCAUAAUUACGUUUCCUGAUAACAAUAAUUUUGAAACACUGUCUGAUUUAGAAUACCAACGAUUAAUGUUGUAUUUAACAUCUGUGCCUUCCCUCCAUGAUGCUGAUUUGGGCUUCCAUUUAAUUAUAGAUAGACGGAAUGACAAAUGGAAUUCCGUAAAAACAGUUCUCUUGAAAAUAUCCGUAUAUUUUCCAGGCCUGAUACACGUUGUUUACGUCUUACGGCCGGCUAGUUUUUUACAAAAGGCCUUAUCCGAAGUCAGCAAUAAACUAUUUAAGGACGAAUUCAAAUUCCGCAUGAUCGUUUUGAGCACCACAGACGAACUGCACAAGUACAUCAACAAUCGGCAACUAACCCCGGACCUAGGCGGCACGUUGAACUACAAUCACGAUGAUUGGAUACACCAAAGGACCGAGCUCGAGACGUUCUCCACGGUCACCCAACAGGUCUCCACCGCUUUGGAUAACUUCACCAAAACCAUCGAGGAGACCGAGCUACCCAACGACGUCGAAUCCACGGAAAACCUGCUCGAAAAACACAGCUCAGUCUACACGGAGCUCAAAAAAGACAUCCUCUCGGCCGCCAAACACGGAGAAAACUUGCUAACAACCAUCAAAGAGAAGAACAGCUUCACCCACGACGAGGAGUACUACUCCCUCAACGACACCUGCGGCAACGUGUUCGCCGUGGAGCGUCUGCUGGUGCAGCUGGAGGAAACCGAAAGGACCUUCGACGAAUUCUGGCAGGCGCACUCGGUGAAGCUCAGGCACUGCCUGGAGCUGCGCCGGUUCGAGCAGGACUUCCGCGAGUUGCAGAUCAACUUCGAAUCGAACUUGAAGAUCGUCAGCGAGAUGACGGAAGCCGGCGACGCCGUCGAGAAAGUGGAGAGCUUGAUGAAGCAAGUCAAGGCUUUCGAGAAGCUUUGCAGCUCGGACAUCGACAGGGCGGAGGAGGUCAUUUCCACCGGGCAACGCCUCGUCACCGUCAGCUCUUUUCCUAUAGAAAGCGUAGAGCCUAAAUGUACAGAGCUAAUUAGAGUUAGAAAUUUGUUAUUAGAGCGGUUGUCGAAGCGAAUGGAGCUGCUGGAUUUGACUAAAAUUUUAUUGGAGCGAAUCGACAAUGCGAAUAAGUGGUGCGCGAAUGGUUUAGAAUUAUUAUCGGUGCAGAAAAUCGAGCAAUGCUCGACCUCGACGGAAUUGGCGGAGAGAUAUUUGAAAGAAAUCAAGGAAUUCAUAGCGUCUUCCCAAGAAUUUACCUCAAACGGCCCUAAGGAUUUUAGGGAUAUAUUCCAGGAAACCAGCACACUAGAAACGAAAGCACUAAUUUCCCAAGUAAAGCUCCCGAAUUCCGGCCGGGCGAUAUUUCAAAUAUUUCACUUUCAGGUCGUGCAGAGGAUCGAAGAUGUCACCGUGAUGUGCAAUAAGCGCGUCGCGACGUUGAACAAACUCGCCGUUAAGCCACAGAGGCCCGUGCAAACGGUCCUUCCGGAGCCGGUGGUUCCCCGUCAACCGGGAGCUCCGGCUCCCCAUCACAAUCGGGCCGUGUUGAAGAAGGCCUUCACUAUACCCAAAAUGAGUAAUCCAGAAAAUGAAAUAGAAAGUAAUUUUGUUCAAAACAAUGACAACCAGUCGCCACCAGAUAAUGAUGAAAUUAGCAACAUUAAAACCAAACACGUUUUGAAUGAACUCUUCGAAACCGAAAAAAUAUACGUCAAUGAAUUAUUUACCAUAUUAAAGGGCUACAAAGAUGCGGCGCAACACGAAGAUCUACGGCAUCUUCUACCGGCAGACGCUGAGGAAAGAUUUAAAAUUAUUUUUGGCAAUUUAAAAGAAAUAUUUAAUUUUCAUUCCGACGUGUUCCUGAAAGACUUAGAAAAUUGCAUUUCUUCUAGGGAAUUAGUAGCAUUAUGUUUUCUUCAAAGAAGAGAUAUGUUCUCUCAUCUAUAUAGCUUUUACUGUUUAAAUAUAGCGAAGUCGGAGCAGAUAAGAGAAACUUCAACGGACCUUCAACCGUUCUUUCAAGCUUGCCAACAGCAAUUAGGCCACAAGCUACCCUUAGCUGCUUAUCUACUCAAACCGGUGCAGCGUAUUACCAAAUACCAACUACUCCUCAAAGAUUUACUCAGAUAUUCCAACGAGGACGAUUGCAGUGCGGAGCUGAAGCAAGCCUUAGAUUGCAUGCUGGUCGUGCUGAAGGGCGUCAACGACAGCAUGCACCAGAUAUCGAUCACCGGGUUUCCUUUGGACCUGUCGCAGCAGGGCGAGCUCCUGCUGCAGGGCUCGUUUUCCGUUUGGAUCGAAAACAAGCGCGACCUGAGGUUGAGGCUGAAGCCGAUGCAGAGGCACCUGUUCCUCUACCAGAAGGCGCUGCUCUUCUGCAAACCUAUAUCGAAGUCGAUGCACAACAAGGCCACUUACCAAUUCAAACACUAUCUGCAAAUGUCGCAGAUCGGCCUGACCGAGUCCGUUAGGGGAGAUCCGAAAAAGUUCGAGGUGUGGCUGCAAGGCCGCCAGGAAGUGUACACAAUACACGCCAGUAACCUGGAAAUCAAACAAACUUGGGUCAAUGAGAUUAAAAAGGUGCUGUUUAACCAAUUGGAGGAGAUCAAAGGGGAGAAAAUCAGACAGUACGCAGCUCUAUCUCAUAAACCUCUUAGGCAGACAACGUCGUGGGAGAAGCAGAAAAAUACAGUGCCUGUUGUACCUAUAAUUACACACCAUAGGGCAAUGAGCUGUGAUUCUGAUAAUUCCUCCCAUGGCAAUGAAGAAAUAUCCAACGAUAUUGAAACCGGCAAUUGGUCUUCAGACUGUAGUAAUAGUGAUGAUGAAGAUCAUAAUUCUCCGAACGGAAGAUACAUAGCACUUGCAGAUUACUGCGCCGUUGGUAACAGCGAGGUAAAUAUGAAAGAAGGGGAUGUUGUUGAACUGCUAAAAGUUGGCUGUGCUGGUUGGUGGUUUGUUAGAAUGAUUGGGACAAAUACUGAAGGUUGGGCUCCGGCUGCUUAUUUGGAAGGCCAGCAUUUCAAAAAUUCCCGUAGUAGUAGCAGUAGGAGUCACGACAAAUUGAAUCUUUAGUAUCCGAUGGGGACCCGUCGGGAGUUUUCGAUGGAAUGUGUUGUGUACAUUCGACAGACGUAGUCAAAACACCUCCUUGUUUGAUUCGUAUAGUCAGAUGGAUUUAUUUGCGAUAUAAACAUUUGAGUAUUCACAUAUUUUUAGAAUACUUGUUUCAUUGAUGAUCGUUAGUUAAUCAUUAUAAAUUAAAAUUGUCGCUGUGUUUGAAAGGCUUGAGAACAAUAUUAUCGUUUGACUAUUAUCAAACAGUAUUUUUAACAUGGAAAUUAGCGUUGUAACGAAGAUUUUGGUGAUAUAGGUAGUUGUAAAGAGACUUUUGUAUUAUAUUUAUUUCAUGAUAGCUGUACAUAGUUUUAUAAAAUGAUUGUAUCAACAAUAAUUUUAAGUGUAUUUCCGCGGUUUAAUGAAUGAAACACGUAUUUCCAAAUUAUUCUUAUCUGAGUAACAUAUCUUGAUUUUCUAAUUUUAUAGAAAAUGAGUUGACCAAAGUUUACUUAAAAAAUUGUUUGAUUUUCAUUGUGCAAUUUUAUUUAGGUGCGGGUGCUAAAAGAAACCUCCCCCGAGAAGCUUUUGUGAGUACAAAUAUUUUCCUAAGAUGUCUGUUGCAAAAAAAAUAUACAUUCCUAUUGGAUUUCCAGUGGGUUUGUUAAAUAUUUUUUGCAAAAAAAUAUUUUGUUAAAGCACUAUUUAUUUUUUAGAUUUUAUUCGACUGGUUAUGUAUUUAUUUCAAUUGUAUUUGUUAUUCGAUUCUAGUAAUUUAUUAUAUUUUUUUUUCGUUUUUAUAUAAAUAUGAACAAAACAUACAAUCGCAAAUCAAUCUGAUAUUUAUUAUAUCCUCGAAAAGUAUAUUUACAAAUUACCUAUUGUAUAGUUUAAAUUGUUCAAAAAUAAACAAUAUUUCUAUUUUGUG